CUUGCCUUCCUACAAUGCGAGCUGGUGUUUCUAAACAUCGGUGGUAUGUGAAAUUGUUUGAGUGUCCAGGGGAUGAGAGAGAACUUGAACUCAAACUCUACUGACACCUUUAUUGCAAAUUAUACAGCAAGGGAUAAGACUGUGCCAGCGGCAACUGUUUACAUGUUGAAUGUUUUGAUCCUUUGUGAGUGCAGUUCAUGGCAGCUAUUUAGUCAUUCUCGUUUAAGCUCCUACUCUAGUUUGGCUUUUCAUUCCACAGGCGUUAAACAUGGCGGCGUGUUGAGUGUUCUUGAGGUUUUUUUUCAAGUUAAAUUUUGGACAGAGAACUUUGAGCUACUUCCUGGUUUCGUGAGUUGGAAAAUGACAAUCACUCUUCUUUGAGAAGGAACACAUUCUGGACAGAAUGACAACAAUCUGUGUUCCAGUCAUCACUGCACUUUGUGUGUUCGUCGCCCUGAUGACAGUUUUUAUACUAGUUUUCAUCUUAUUAGUUAAAAUAAUAAAAGAUAAAACGUGUGACAUGUUAAAAAAGACCGAGCGAGAUGAAGAUGACUUUGUGGACAUUCGACCGAGAGAUGCUGACCGUGCUGCUAAUGCUGACUGCGGAGUCUACGUCAUAUCUGAUGUUUCCCAGAGUGGGGAAAGUCACCUGCACGAGACGGCACAAGUUCAGGUCAAAGGUCAAGGGCCUGUAUUAGGGGAGAAACUUCCUGUUCCUUCCAGUGACGAAACAAACGAGUGCACGCCAGACAAGAACACGAGUGAAGACACUCAGUAUGACACAUUGGUUCAACAGAGACCUGACGAACGUGAGGAAUACAUGAGGCUCCAUGUGAUGUCUGCAGCAGCUCGCCCACAGGUAGAGGGGCAGGUAACACAUCAUUUCGUCCUUCCGUGAUGCCAGUGACCUCUUCUGCCAUUAACAUUUAUUCUAUCUUACACUUCUGAGACCUACCAAGUGUUGCUGAUAUAUGCUGUGUCAUUGGAAUUCACUGUGUACUUAGUUUAACAAAUAAAGCACCGAGAAUAGGUAAUGUACAAUAUAAUGAAAAGGAAUGAUCAUAGAGCAGAAAAAAUCUCUUUUAAGCUGUAUUAUAUGUCUCAAAUGGGUAUGUAGAUGUACCAACCGACACACACAGGCAAUAAAGAAAAUAUAUUAAAUACAAAGAUUGAAUUACAAAGAAUUUAUGCAUUAAUACAGUGUAAAAUAUAUCUAUGAUCUUCUACCUUACUUGUUGUUUUAACAAAUAACAUAGCAAUAAGCUUGGCUGGUCGCCGAAUCAUGGCAAGAGAAAGAUGUUAAAGCCUGAAGAAUGUGGACAAAAACUUUAGAUUGAAAACGGAUGAACUAGGAUCACAUCGUAAGUUAUUCUUGUACUCUCACCUACCCAGAUUAACAACAGACCUAUGUCCAAGACACACAAUAAACUUCAAUUUUCUUAUGAUUACAGCUCAUUACAUUCUGUGUCACAUGACCACUGUUACACAAACACCUUAACUCAGUUCUGGAGGCUUACAUUUUUUUUUUGUUUUAUCUAGCACAUUUUCCGGCCUUUGACCACAGUCGUAUUUGUUCUUUAAAACCGUUAUGACUAGUGUCUUGUAGACAGCAAGGAUCCACAGACAGACGAUGACCACAGACUAUAAACUGUUUUUUCCCUCGUGGACAAGCCUGUGUUUGGUGUAGAGGUGGCAACUGAUCAUUGUAAUAAAUAUUAUUUUCGCUAUAAUACACACAGUUUUUCUUAUUAUAUUAUGGGCAGUUUUCCUCAAUCCUUUGAUGUGUUUUCUUGUAACUGAUAUCUUUUUAACAAUAUUGUACUGAUUUGUACACUUCAUUAAUUUGGUCUUCGAAAUCUGUAAAAGCCAAAAACAAAGAAGAAGUAUUAUAUAGCCCCCACAUCUAAAGGUAAAACUAUUAGCUACAAAUUCCACCUGUGUCUACAGUUACUCCUAUCAACUACCUGUCUGUAUUUUACUGUCUACAUCUGAUGAACCACACGGUGUCCAGAAUAUUGAGAGAUCCAUGAAUCGUGUGUGUGUGCGUGCGGGUUGAGGCCUGUUCACGAUGCAUGCAAAUAGUUUUUGUUUUUUUGAUAUGAUUAUGUUUUAUAGUGAAAAUAUGUUUUGAUUUAAGGCCCAGUUGAUAUCAAAGAUAUGUAAUAUUUCUCCAAGUAUUUUCAAGAAUAUUUGUAAGAUUAUUGCUCCGAUUAAUUAAAAUCCUCACAAUAUCAAGAGAACUUUGUUGUAUUAUUAGGGUGUGAUCUCCCCAUUAAUAUUUUUGACUAGAAAGCAAAAGAAAAUUAUAUCAUACCGCAGCACAAACAAUAUGUAAUAAACUUGUACAGCCCAAAGAAGCCUUCAGUGCUGUUGUCACUCAAGUAUUGACUGUGAAUGACUUUUCCUUAAACAUCUUUGGGUUUUAGUAGUUAUUUCAAAAAAGAAUGGAAAAUAAACAUAAUAAGA